GUAUGGGUUUGACCGUGAGCGCAGUAGACGAGCUUUGCAGGCUGGAGAAGAAAGUGGACGUGGUGAGGUUGGAGCGACGUUAGAACUCCUCCUCUCCCAGAUGUUCACUGAACGUUUUGGCUCUAGCGCACACGGCCCCCAGAGGCACGACCUCCCUUCACUGGAGGAAUGUGUAGCUUUGCGACAGGAAGAGGCCUUCGCUUUGACCGCGAUCUACGGAGAGCGGUUCUGUGAGCGCAUCAGUAAUCGCGUUUGGACUAUUCAGCUUGAUUUGUUGUGGUUGGGUAUUAGCCGGAUGAAAAUUUCAGAAUCUCAGAAUGGUAAAAAGCAGUCGGGGUCCGGUCAGAUUUGCAAGUUUUACCUAAAGGGGGCUGGUUGUAAGUUUGGCAACCGCUGCAAUUUCAAGCACCAAACUCAUGAAUCAAGCUCUUUCAGAGAGUUUUGUGAAGGAAGUCAACCAGGGUUUAGCAGCACAGAAGCUCCCGUUUACCAGCUGGAGAUUCGUUUCCAACCAGGUAGUUUUUAUCCUUUUCAACCUCCUCUCGUGGCCUUCAGUAGCACAGAUGAAUCGCUCUCAGGUCCGGGCCGCCUCAAUGUCACAGAGUACCUGUUCGGUCAAUCACUCAGUGCUGCGCAGGAAGGUGAGCCGGUGGUCUACACGCUCAUUUCCUGUCUGGAGGAGGACGGUCCUGUCAGAGAACUGCUGUCAGCUGCUCAUCACAAGUACAGUUCUCCGCCCCCAGUGCUGGCUCCACCCACUGUCACUCCGGCAAAGAAUCGGAGCAGCAGGAACAUCGUAGACAGCAUUACGAAUGGUUCAGCAACUAGAGAUCGUCCAAUCAAGAUCACCGAGACCACAAACCACAGACUGAAUCAAAAGGAAGAUGCUUCAUUCCUAAGAGCGGAUAUUGAGGAAGAACAAGAUGAGGAUGAUUAUGAAUAUGUAGAGGAAUGUAUCCCAGUGGAAAACGAAAGUUAUGUAAACUUGAGGAAGAGGAUGGUGAAGAAGGCCGAGAUUAAAACUGAGCAAAUACAGCAAGAGAACAAGAAGCUCUGCAGAGAGUUCAAGAGGAAACAGUCUUCGAGGCGGUAUACAUCGAUGCAGGAGCAGAGGCAGAAGCUUCCUGCAUGGCAGAAGAAAGACGUCAUACUGGAGUGUUUGGAUAAGAACCAGGUUCUCGUCAUCAGUGGGAUGACUGGGUGCGGGAAAACCACUCAGAUUCCUCAGUUUAUCCUGGAUGAUUUCCUCCAGACUGGGCGGCAGGAUAGAGUGGCCAACAUUAUGUGCACUCAGCCACGUCGAAUUUCUGCCAUCACCGUGGCGACCCGAGUGGCCCAGGAACGAGCAGAGGCCCUGGGUCACUCCACAGGCUACCAGAUCCGACUGGAAACUGUCAGGUCCUCUAGCACAAGGCUGAUGUUCUGCACCACCGGGGUCCUUUUGCGGAGGCUAGAAGGUGACUCAGAGCUCCGUGGCAUCACACAUGUGAUCGUGGAUGAGGUCCAUGAACGGACAGAAGAGAGUGACUUCCUGUUGCUGGUUCUGAAGGAUCUGAUUGUAAAACGGACUGAUCUGAAAAUAAUUAUGAUGAGUGCAACGCUGAAUGCUGAGCUCUUCUCACAGUACUUCAACAACUGCCCCAGCAUCCAUAUACCAGGACGCACAUUCCCAGUGGAGCAGUUCUUCCUUGAAGACGCCAUCGCUAAGACCAGGUAUGUAAUUGAAGAUGGUAGUCCAUACCGACGCUCCUCAAAGCAGAAUCGUCCCCCCGGUCAGGGUGGCGCCGCUGGGAAGGGCCGGGCUCCUGUUGAAGACUUUGAUGAUGAUGGUUGUGGCUGGUCCUUUACCUCCUUGAUGAAGAAGGAUUCGAUCAAAGACUCCAUCCCUGACCAGCAGCUCAGUCAACAGGAGCUCACUGUUCGAUAUUCCAAGUACUCAAAGUCUGUGGUGAAAACGUUGGCUGCUAUGGAUCUUGACAAAAUCAACAUGGACCUGGUGGAGAGUCUGUUGGAGUGGAUUGUUGAUGGAGACCACAGCUACCCACCAGGGGCUGUUUUGGUCUUCCUACCAGGACUGGCUGAAAUAAAGCUAUUAUAUGAACAGCUGCAGUCUAAUAGGAUGUUCAAUAAUAGACGAACAAACAGGUGUGUAGUGUAUCCUCUACACUCUUCCCUGUCCAAUGAGGAGCAGCAGGCGGUCUUUACCCGGCCACCUGAGGGUGUGACCAAAAUCAUCAUCUCCACCAACAUUGCUGAAACUUCUGUCACCAUUGAUGAUGUGGUGUAUGUCAUAGACUCUGGCCGGAUGAAGGAGAAGAGGUACGAUGCCAGUCGCAGUAUGGAGAGUCUAGAGGACGUGUGGGAGUCUCGUGCCAACGCCCUUCAGAGAAAAGGCCGUGCCGGUCGUGUGGCGUCAGGCGUCUGCUUCCAUCUGUUUACCAGCCACCGCUUCACACACCACCUGAGCCAACAGCAGCUGCCGGAGAUCCAGAGAGUUCCUUUGGAGCAGCUCUGUCUAAAGGUUAAGGUACUGGAUGUGUUUGCGGAGCGUCCUCUGGAGUCCGUCUUCUCCCAGCUGAUCGAGCCGCCCACAGAAGGCAGUCUGGAGGCCGCUAAACAGCGCCUGUGUGCCCUGGGCGCCCUGACGGAAGAGGAGUCUCUCACUCCACUGGGCUGGCAUUUGGCCUGUCUGCCUGUGGACGUCCGCAUUGGUAAACUCAUGCUGCUGGGAGCCAUCUUCCGCUGCCUGGAUCCUGCUCUCACCAUCGCCGCCAGCCUGGCCUUCAAGAGUCCAUUUGUGUCACCUUGGGAUAAACGAGAAGAGGCUAAUGAGAAGAAGUUGGGUUUCUCUUUGGCGAACAGUGACCAUCUAGCUUUGCUGCAGGCGUACAAGGGUUGGUGUAACGCAGCACAGGGUGGCUCUAAGGCUGGCUACCAGUACUGCAGAGAGAACUUCCUCUCCAUCCGGGGCUUACAGGAGAUAGCGUGUCUUAAAAGGCAAUUUGCCGAGCUCCUGUCUGACAUUGGCUUUGUGAAGGAUGGACUGAAAGCCAGGGUCAUUGAGAAAAUGAGCUCAAAGGGAGGUGAUGGGGUGCUGGAGGCCACAGGCUAUGAGGCCAACCUGAACUCUGAUAACACAAAGUUGAUGUCUGCCAUGUUGUGCGCAGCCCUCUACCCUAAUGUUGUCCAGGUGAGAUCUCCUCAGGGGAAGUAUAAGCUCACUAGUAAAGGGGCUGUGAAGAUGCAGCCCAAAGCAGAAGAACUGCGCUUCAUGACCAAGAGUGACGGAGCCGUCCACAUACACCCUUCCUCUGUCAACUUCUCCGUGCGUCACUAUGACAGCCCAUACCUGGUGUACCACGAGAAAGUGAAGACCAGUCGAGUGUUUAUCCGUGACUGCAGCAUGGUGUGCGUAUAUCCCAUGGUUCUGCUCGGUGGGGGGCGAGUGAGCGUGGACCUGCAGCGUGGAGAGUUCAUUAUCUCUCUGGACGAUGGAUGGAUCAAAUUUGCUGCUGCGUCUCAUGAGGUUGCUGAGUUGGUAAAAGAGCUUCGCUGGGAGCUGGAUCAGCUCUUAGAGGAGAAGAUCAAAAACCCCAGCAUUGAUCUGAUCAGCUGUCCUCGAGGAUCUCGCAUCAUACACACAAUAGUGUCACUCAUCUCGACACAGUAACACACAUUCAUCCAAUACACAGAUUGUCUGUUUACACAUCCUAACAAAAGCCUUAUGCCAUUUUGUUGAAUUGUGUGGAGGCACUUAAUACAUUUUCAUUUUGGUUUCAUUUUUUUUUUUUUCAAAGAAUAAAUGAAUGUACAUUGAUAUUGUGUGAUUUCACACAAAUAGCCCAUGAAUGCCGGAGUCCAUAUUGGACUGCUUUAAUGCAAAAUUACUAUUAGCACUAACAGCAGGCCUGUGCAUGAAUUUUAAAUGUAUGGCAUGAGGUACAGUAUAUGUGAGUAUGUGUUGUCAAAGAAAAAGACAUUAUGGUGUGUUGAAUGAUCAACUUCUAUGAUGAUGUGAUGAGGAAAUCUGUCAUAUGUUGCCAAAUCAAAUGUAUUUAAAAAUAAAAUGACAUAUUAGAUGUGUCGAGAUACUUAUUUAAAAAUAAA